UUUGUUGUCAGUCGACGCGCGUUCAUCUCUUCUCAUCCAUCCGCCUCGUGCGUUCGCGCGUCUCGCUGUGAUGUGCAACUAAACUGCCACAAUUGUUAUUUAUUUAUUUGUUUUUGUGGGUGCAAUUCAGUGGACGUUCUGGUGCGCGUGCCUGCUAGUGUUUGUGUGAAAAAUGCGCUAAAAUGCAGCGAACGCAUUGGAAUAAGGACGAGCCGGAGGAUAGGAACAACAACAGUGGCCGUGGGAGCGAGCAGGACAGCGGCUGUCACCAGCGUCUCUUCCUGUGCAUUGCCAAGGCUGUGAAACAAUUCAUUGAUCUCUGCAACAACCUGGGUGCUAACUGCAGCACGACGACAGCCACAUCCCCGUCAGCUUCCUCCUCCUCAGCCAGCAGCACGCAGAACUUAAUCGCGAUUUUGCCGCCACACACACAGCAGCUGCAGGUGCAACUACCGGCGGCCCCGGGCGAUGGAGGGGGUGGUGGAGGCGCCCCCGUGAGGCGCCACAUAUCGCACACGACAGCCGUGAAGUUUCUGUACGCCCGUAAGUUCGACAUACCGCGAGCGGUCUCGCUGUACGAGCAGCACGAGCAGAUCCGCCUCAAGGAGUAUCUCUACAACAUCGAUCCGGACGUGGAGCCCCUGCGCUCCGAGCUGCAGACCGGCAAGUUUACCAUCCUGCCCGCUCGCACCUCCAGCGGGGCCGCCAUCGCCCUCUUCACCGCCAAUCGACACAGUCCGCUGAGCGUCUCGCACACGACCACGCUGCAAGGCAUCGUCUACCAGCUGGACAGCGCGCUCCAGGACUCGGAGACGCAGCGCGCCGGCCUCGUCUUCAUCUACGACAUGAGCGGCUCCAAGUACUCGAACUUCGACUACGACCUCUCCCAGAAGAUUCUCACGCUGCUCAAGGGCGGCUAUCCGGCGCGUCUGAAGAAGGUGCUGAUCGUGACGGCGCCGCUGUGGUUCAAGGCGCCCUUCAAGAUCCUGCGUCUGUUCGUGCGCGAGAAGCUGCGCGAGCGAGUGUUCACUGUAUCGGUGCCCCAGUUGGCGCUGCACGUGCCGCGCAAGGCGCUGCCCAUUCACCUGGGUGGCACGCUGGAGGUGGAUCACGCCACAUGGUUGCUCAGCUGCCGCCAAUCGAUGACGAAUCGUGAGGACGAGCUGCUGGCCAAUAUCGUGGGUGUGGCCGGGUCGGGCUCUGCAACUGGGUCGGCGGCAGUGGCCACCAAUGGCACGGAGUCGGCGGAGGCCGCGGCAACUGCGGGAGCCACGAUAAUCAGCGCCGUCCACCAGCUGGGCGACAACAAUACCACCGUGGUGACCGUCAGCAAUGGCGUGGGCCCGGCCGGAGGAGCUGCGUCCGCGGCGGCAGCGUCGGCCGUGAGCUGCAGUUCCGAGCCCAACGAAAACAUCACAAUCAACGGACUGAGUCCCAGCCACCGUCAGGCGAACAACAGCAGCGGCAGCAGCAGUAACGCCACAGCAGCCAAUCCCCUCAAGCUCAACACGAGUGGCGCGGCGGAGAACAACAGCACCGCCGCCGCCACGGCCGCAGGAGCAGCUGGAGCAACUGGCGGCACCACCAGCACCACCACCACCAACGGAGGCGGCGAGUUCUGGUCGGAGAAUCCGCCGAGCAGCGCCUCGUCCGGCUUCAGCGACGACGACAGUCUGGCCGGCCAGGAAGGCGACCCGAAGCCCAUCGACCAGAUUGUCCAGAUGGUCAAGCAGCGCGGUCGCCAUGGGCUGAUCAAGGAGUACGCGGACAUUCGGAACAGGGCGCCCGAGGGCACCUUUUUGCAUGCGAGGAUGCGCGCCAACCUGACCAAGAAUCGCUACACAGACGUCCUCUGCUACGACCACAGUCGCGUGGUACUGGCCCACGAAGACGGCGACGAGCCGUCGGAUUACAUAAAUGCGAAUUUCGUCGAUGGCUACAAACAGAAGAAUGCCUAUAUUUCAACUCAAGGUCCAUUACCAAAGACAUCCCAGGACUUUUGGCGCAUGAUCUGGGAGCAACAUUGUUUAGUUAUAGUGAUGACGACGCGCGUUAUGGAGCGCGGACGCGUUAAAUGCGGCCAGUACUGGGAGCCGACUGAAGAAAGUUCCUUAGAGUUUGGCGACUACCAUGUGCGAACAAUUAGCGUUGAGUGCAACGAGGACUAUAUGGUGGCCUCGUUGGAAUUGAGAAACAUAAAGACUGACGAAAUACGCAAUGUCUCACAUUGGCAGUUCACCAGCUGGCCGGACUACGGGGUGCCCAGCUCGGCCAUGGCCAUGCUGAACUUCCUGCAGAAGGUGCGCGAGAAGCAGGCGGAGAUGGUCAGCGCCCUGGGCGACACCUGGGCGGGCCACGCCCGCGGACCGCCCAUUGUGGUGCACUGCAGUGCAGGCAUUGGACGAACAGGCACAUUCAUCACCCUGGACAUUUGCAUAUCGCGGCUUGAGGACGUGGGCACGGCGGACAUACGCGGCACCGUGGAGAAGAUCCGCUCGCAGCGCGCCUACUCCAUCCAGAUGCCCGAUCAGUAUGUGUUCUGCCACCUGGCCCUCAUCGAGUACGCCUACUCGCGCGGCAUGCUGCAGACCGUCGACCUGGCCGGCUUCGAUGAGCGCGAACAGGACUCGGAGUAGGCCGCCUCCAGGUGUCUGUUGCGCAAGCGGACGGGAAAACAACUUGUAUACAGAGUACUUUUACUUUAUACCUUCGCAAAUUGGUACACACGGACGAGAAACCGAAUAAUUGUAUGUUUUACCUUGCAAAUUGGAGAGUAACUUUUCCGACUAGAUGUUCGUCCUGAUUAUGAUACAAUAUGAUAUGAUAUGCUAUAUGGUAUAUAAGAUGCGUGAGGAGCGAUGGCAAGCACAGACGGAUUCCGAGGUACGAGAAAGUUGGAAAUGUGUAGAGUGUAGAGUAACCAAUUUACGUUAAUCUAUUAUUUUUUUUUAAUAUUAUUACAUACCAAGCUAUAGUUGUAUAGCAAAAACAUCUAUAUAUAAACAUUAUUUAAAUUAAAUUUAAACUAAAUGAAAAACAAAUAGCUAAAAUAAAGAGGAAACAAAACAAAUCAAAACCAGCCGCAUUAGCGAAGCAAAAGCUGGAAAAUAAUCAGCGAAGAGUGUUUAACCAUCAAGACAAAGUUAACUACAGUCCGCAGAUGAAGAUGAGGAGUACAACGAAGGAUCAGGAUGAGAACGAGGAAGAGGACGAGGAGCAGGAUCAAACCGUCCGGCGGAGAGUCAGAGUCGGAGGAGCGGACGUUUCUUGUGCAUUUUGCCCCCAUCUCAACCCACGUGGAGCCACGGCGCGGGGCGAGUUUCCUAAAAGCAACCAGAUAGUUACAUAACCUAUAUAGCAUAUGCCUAGGUCAACGUACCGCAUAUAUACGAAUAUAUGUAUAACGAAUAUAGAAGUACCGGAGGAAAUCAGAUUUAAGCACUGUUCAAUGUUGUUGCCACGAAAAUAGCCCAAGGGAGGGGAGUGAUCUUCUCCAGCCUGCUGCCCUCCUGGCCGCAUCUUCUCCAGAUGUGACCCCAACCGAAGCCCCCACCCACUCUUCGCCUCCCAGCUGUUAAAUGUGUAUUCCUUCUGUUUUUACCCCAUUUUUUGUUUUCUUUGCUAAUUCUUUACGGAUACUUAUAAAUAGAGCGAAAUAAGUGUAUUAUCGUGCAGAGGGUCGUAGUGAAUUUUACUUAAAUUUUUUUUACCAACUAAACACAAAUAGUUGAAAGCGCCGAAAGCGAGUAUUACACAAAAGCAGAAAAUAAGAAACAAAUAUCUGACAUGCCUUCUUUCCUACAUAUUUCAUAUGCCAAGCGAAUCUAAAACGGAUCUAGCAAUCGUAAUGAGAGUAAAUGAAGGAAAACCAAACAUAUUUUGUAUUACUUUUUUAAAUAACAAGAUCUAUAUAAAAUGAUGAAUCAAGUCACAAGAAUGGCAGCUUUCUCGAACGAAAAACGAAAUAUUAAGUGUAAUUAUGUGUAUGUAAGUCGGACAGAAUGCAUUUUCUUCGUGCAUCUUCGCGAAAGUAUUAUAAAUAUUUAUAUAUAUAAAGAAAUUAAGUGCAUAUACUGCGACACACAUCUGCAAGAAAGAUAAAUAUAUACGUUUUUUUUCUCAUCAUGUUUGCAUGCAUGUAAAUACGAAUACCUACGAAAUAUAUAGUAUUUUGGUGCGAAUUCAAAGAUAGCCCGCACUGUGCUCCAAGAAGAAGCAAACACACUCUCCAUACACACACUCUACCACUCACACGUAUAUCAUUAGAAUUGUAAAAGCUGUGAUCAACCCGAAUGAAAUGCAAGUCGAAAUUGGAGCCACAGACACUCCUCGCACAGCCAGUCAAGUCAGACCAUUGAGUCGCAUGUAUACUCCACAGAAUGCUUGAUCGCAGUCGCAGAACAGAACCACUUUCAAUUCUUUCAAAGGCCUUUUCCGAGAGAAACAAAGAACAAGAAACCUAACCAGAUCGCAUAACGAUUAAUGAAUAUGAAUACUCACCUCCCAGAUCGAUGGGCGUUCUAUUUUUAUAAUGCUUGACACACAGAGAUCAUACUGCAUAUAAUCGAAAAACCCGAACAAGGAGACCCAAAGAUACCACGAUGAUAACUAUAAAUAUUUUUUGUAGGCUCCUGGCGCGGAGUGGAGGAAAGAAUUUAUUUAAUAUAUAUAUAUAUAUAUGUUUAGAUAUAUAUCUAUGUACUAACACAUGUAUGAAAAUUAGCAAAAUUUCUUCAAGUGUAAUUUAAACUUAGCUAGAGUCACAAGCCUUUGUUCUCCGUUCAAGCGAGGUGUGAAGAGAAUUACCUAGUACGAGUACUCAGAAGUGUUGCCUGUGUCACGAUGCUUUCAGAAAGCUUUGCUGCGCACAACAUGCACCGCAAAAUCGAAAGCCACUCACAAGAUCGAUCGAUCCAGCCCACCCUUAACCAACUCUUGACUAGAUCUAUCCACUAACUAGCAUCCCCCGUCGCCACUUUUUCCCGCAUAUUGAAUACUCGCAUUUGUCGCGCACUUGCAUAAGAGAAUACGACUAAUCUCCACCAAUCCAGCUAUCAAGUAAUCCGGUAAUCCACUGAACCAGCUCAAAACCACAGGGAGACACACUGUACAGACACCGGCAAACCAGUCCAAGAUCCAGUCCAAGAACCCAAAACACGGAAGUCUUAGCCUAGAGAAAUGGUCGCAUAAUAUUUAAGGGCAUAUAAGUAUGUUAUCCUUUCAAGAAGACAAACAAAACCAAAAUAACUUGAUGUAAAAGCAAAAUGCAUUUUGCAGUUAAAAACAAAUAAAAGUAAAAAAGAAAAUUGUGGAUAAAAUAUAUAGAAAAUUGAAUACA